AAAAUUAGUCUAUAACAAUAUAAAUUGAUAAAGAAACUUGUAACAAUUUUGAUUGGUUAGAACAAGAACAUACUUCUACUCAAUAAUAAAUGUCACCGCGUACUUGUUCUUGCCUGGAUUAUGCAACCAAACUUACAAUAAACAGCUUCAGUUUAGUCAACUUGACCUUUUCCUUCUUUUUGUUUGUUAAUAAUUUAUUCUCUUUACUGCUUCAUGUCUAUAUAUCUCAUUCUCCAUCUUCCUUCAAAUAUCUUCAAUACUCCAUCAAUAAUACAAUAUCAAUUGAACACCAGCUUUCUUCCAAUAGACAGACCUCUUUUUCCAGCUCUGACUAAAGAGAAAACCAAGACACCUGAAGAUGGUUGAUGCCAUUGUAUCAUUUGCUGUUCAAAAACUGGGCGAUUUCCUCAUACAAGAAGUUGCCCUGUUUAGAAGUCUGAGAGAGGAUGUGCAGUGGCUGAGAAAUGAGCUGCUCUUCAUGCAAUCUUUCCUCAAAGAUGCAGAACAAAAGCAAAAUGAAGAUCAAAAAGUUGAACAAUGGGUGUUUGAGAUCAACUCUAUUGCUAAUGACGCUGUCGCUAUACUCGAGACUUACACCUUUGAGUCUGAUAAAGGUAGUGACCCUGGAUUUGCUAGCCGUCUGAUGGCUUGCGCCUGCAUAUGUAGGAAGGAGACCAAAUUCUACAAAGUCGUCAAGGAGAUCCAAUCAUUCAAGCAGCGAGUCAUGGAUAUAUCUCGCAAACGGGAGACAUAUGGUAUUAGAGACAUCAACAAUACACGAGAAGGGCCAAGUAAUCAGUCCGCUAUGGUUAGAACAUUGAGGAGAACUACCUCGUAUAUAGAUGACGAUCAUAUUUUUGUUGGCUUUCGGGAUGUUGUAGAAAGCUUGCUAGCUGAACUUCUCAAAGAAGAGCCUCGUCGAAGUGUCAUCUCCAUUUAUGGUAUGGGUGGUUUAGGCAAGACUACUCUUGCAAGAAACCUCUACAACUCUCCUAAUGUAGUCUCUAGCUUCCAAACACGCACUUGGAUAUGUGUUUCUCAAGAGUACAACACCAUGGAUCUCCUUAGGAAUAUCAUAAAAUCCAUCCAAGGUCGCACAAAGGAAAGUCUGGAUUUGUUGGAAAAGAUGACAGAGACGGAUCUAGAAAUUCACCUUCGUGACCUCUUGAAAGUUCGCAAAUAUCUUGUGGUGGUUGAUGAUGUAUGGCAGAGAGAGGCAUGGGAAAGUUUGAAAAGAGCCUUCCCAGAUAGCAAGAAUGGCAGCAAAGUUAUUAUUACCACACGCAAAGAGGAUGUUGCUAAAAGAGCAGAUGACAAAGGUUUUGUCUAUAAACUUCGUUUCCUUAGCGAAGAAGAAAGUUGGGACCUCUUUUGCAGGAAACUACUUGAUGUUCAGGCAAUGGUCCCAGCAAUGGAAAGGUUAGCUAAAGAUAUGGUGGACAAGUGUGGAGGCUUACCUCUUGCAAUUGUUGUAUUAAGCGGGCUACUUUCUCAUAAAAGGGGGCGAGAAGAAUGGCAAAAGGUGAAGGACCACCUUUGGCAGCAUAUGAAAGAUGACUCGAUUGAAAUCUCCUAUAUACUCUCAUUGAGCUACCACGAUUUGUCAACUUCACUCAAACAGUGUUUUCUUUACUUUGGUAUUUUUCCAGAAGAUAGUAUGGUCGGUGUUGAAAAGAUAAUGUGGUUGUGGAUGGCCGAAGGAUUCAUACCAAGAGGAGAAGAAAGAAUGGAGGAUGUUGCUGAAUGCUUCCUACAUGAGCUUAUAAGACGAAGCUUGAUUCAAGUCGUAGAUACAUUUUGGGAAAAAGUUAUUAAAUGCAAGAUUCAUGAUCUAGUUCGGGAUCUUGCCGUGCAAAAGGCAUUGGAGGUGAACUUUUUUGACAUUUAUGAUCGAAGAAAGCACUCCAUAUCCUCCUUAUCUCUAAGACAUGUCAUUCAUGGUCAAGCACAAAGGUAUCUCUCACUUGAUUUCUCCAACUUGAAAUUAAGGUCAAUUAU